GGUUUUCGGGACCCCUGGGAGAGAGAGAAAGAGAGAGCUGGGAAGUGAGAUCCUGGGAUGGUGGGCAGGGCUGGAGUGAGGACACUUCCCUGAGGGAUCUUGGGACCACUACGGGGAGAGGCAGUCAUAUCCUGUGCCAGAGGGCCAAAUGCGCAGGCACUGCAGUUAUUCUGGACUCCUGUGGUUUGCAGCUCUUCCAGCAGCUCCACUUGCAGAACUGUUCCUGGGCCCAGUUCUGAGGCUAAAAUGCCUGCCCUUCACAUCGAAGAUUUGCCCGAGAAGGAAAAGCUGAAGAUGGAAGUCGAACAACUUCGCAAAGAAGUGAAGUUGCAGAGACAGCAAGUUUCAAAAUGUUCUGAAGAAAUAAAGAACUACAUUGAAGAACGUUCUGGAGAGGACCCUUUGGUGAAAGGAAUUCCAGAAGACAAGAAUCCCUUUAAAGAAAAAGGCAGCUGCAUUAUUUCAUAAAUAAUUUGAGGGAAUAUCCUCAGUGGAAGAACUAAUUUAGUGUACUUGUAUGUCUUUUAAAGAACGAGAAACAAAAUUUAAAGAUUUUCUUAUGCACUAACAUAGAUAAAAGUUAUAUAUCAAAGCUCUGUGCUUUUCGUCUUUCCUCACUGCACACCCUUUUUAAGAGGUCAGAGAGUUUCAAAUGUACAAUUAUAGAAAUAAAGACAUUACUUGUGCAUGACUUGCCUUUUUCAGUAUAUCACUUGCUGCCUCAAAUAAAGUUUUAUCUUUGGAAAAAUGA